AGAGAACCAUAUUCUGAAACUGAGCAAUAGAAAAGAAGCAAACAAGAAUGACUAACAAGAACCAAAGAAGUGAUGAUGCCUCCUCAAAAUUUGUAUCUUCACUAAAUGAUUUUUAUUCACCCAAAAAGAAGAAAACCCCCUCAAAAAACCCAAAUCCUUGUACAACAGGAGGACCACUUCCAGAAGAUAUGAUUUUAGAGAUAAUCUCAAGACUCCCCCUGAAGUCCCUCUUGAGAUUCCGAUCCGUUUGCAAAAGCUGGCACGCCAUCAUCCACAGCCCUUCCUUUGUGGAUGUGCACUUCACCCAAUCUCAAUCACGUACUCGUCCCCCCCAAUUCCUUUUGUCUAUCUCGGAUUCGGACUCGGACCAUUACUUUUAUUCUGCGAGUGUUGAAGGAGGGGCACCGGUCCAUCUUCUAUCGAUGCCCGGCUGUAAGAAGAAUGAAAGCAGUUCGCCUUGCGAGUGCUAUGUUUCCGAAUGCCUUAACGGAUUAGUAUGUUUCUACAACGGCCAUAAUGUCUAUGUCAUCAACCCUAGCAUUCGCAGAUCCAUAACCCUACCGCCGCCUGCAAGUGAUUACACUAACUGUAAACUUGAUGAAGAUGGAUAUGAAUAUUAUUCUGGUUAUUCUUUUGGAUAUGAUCCUUCCAACAACGAGUACAAAGUGUUGCACAUAAUGGGUACGCGUUAUAUGCGCACCAGGAGGUUAUCUGACCUGCAAUGUGAAGUGUUCACAAUAAAGGUUGGUUCAAAGGAACCCAAACUAGUUUUCAAUUCUCAUGACGAUGAUGAUGAUAUUGGGUCAUGGAGAAAAAUCACUCCACCACCUUGUGUGUCGAGAAGCCAGUGUAUUCGUGUGGAUGAUGUGACGAUUUACCCACGUUUUGCCUUUAAAGAAGAAGGUGUUUGUGUCAAUGGCGCGAUACAUUGGAUCUGCUCCAAGCCUUCGACUGCAAGUGACGAAGAAAUUCUGGUGGUUUUUGAUGUUGGUAGCGAAAAGUUCCGAUGGUUGCCACUUCCUCCUCCUGAUGUCUGUCCCAAGUAUAAUUUGACCAAAAUGGUCCCAGAUUUUCCACUUCCUCCUCAUGCUGCUGUCUGUACCAAGUAUAAUUUGACAAAAAUUGAAGGGCGUUUGGCUUUAUUGAACUAUAUGGAUAGUGAUGCCAGUACCACAGAAAUAUGGGUAUUAGAGGAGAAUUGUCACAAGAAGUGGGUUCAGAAGACUGUUGUGGCUCCACAAGAGUGUGGUAUACUUUUCACCUUAAUGUUGUCAAAGGAGCUGAACUUUUGGUCAACACCAAGACCUUAUUAUUUUGUUUAUUGGGAUCACAUCAACUACAAGGCUUCCCCGCCUAUUUUAUUGGGGAAGGUACCUUUUUGUUGGCCUGUUAGUAUUGGUAUCACAAAUCAUGUGGAUAGUUUAUCUUUGAUGCAUGCUUGAUCGUGGUAACAAAUGAGAAUCAUAGGAAAAUAAUUACUACCACUACUAA